GCUAAGUGACGUAGACGGCGUAGUAGAAUGAGUAGAAUGAAUGAGCGGAAAGGGCAGAGCGGCACGACCACGAGAGACUUGACUCAGAGCACUGAGCGAGGCAGUAUGAAGCUGUGAAGCGGCUUUUUUCUUUUGACACGGACAAGUGUUAGCCUACGAUAUAUAAAAAAUAGGCUAUAUAUUAAUUAAUGUAUCGUCUUGAUAGCACAAUGGCACGAGGAGAGGGCGCCGAGCAGUACGCAGCGAGUUUAUUGUCAGUCAAACCUAAAAAUACAGAUAUCAAGACAGCAAAGCCAAAUGACCAAAGAAACCGUCUGUCUGUGUGGAAUAAAUUGUGCUAUGCUAUUGGCGGGGCUCCCUACCAGAUCACAGGCAGCGCUCUGGGCUUUUUCCUCCAGAUCUACUUGCUGGAUGUGGCUCAGCUGGAUCCCUUCCAUGCCUCCAUCAUCCUGUUUGUGGGCCGGGCCUGGGACGCUGUCACAGACCCCACAGUGGGUUUCCUGGUGAGCCGGAGUAGAUGGACCCGCAUCGGCCGCAUGAUGCCCUGGAUACUUUUCUCUACUCCUUUUGCCGUGCUGACUUACUUCCUCAUCUGGUACGUGCCUCCUUUCGAGCAGGGGAAGGUCGUCUGGUACCUGAUCUUUUACUGCCUCUUCCAGUCAAUGCAGACGUGCUUCCACGUGCCAUAUUCAGCCCUCACCAUGUUCAUCAGCAACGACCAGAAAGAGAGGGACUCUGCCACUGCUUAUCGUAUGAUGGUGGAGGUGCUGGGCACAGUUCUGGGCACAGCAAUCCAGGGACAGAUAGUAGGUGGCGACACAAGUUGUCCCACUGAGCCUGGUGAACACGACAGCAGAAACUCAACCAACACGUCCAUAGUUUCACUGAAUGAGACGAAACGAGCUUACUUGAUUUCUUCAGGGGUCAUCUGCAUCAUCUACAUCUUCUGUGCCACAGUCUUGUUUUUGGGUGUGAAGGAGAAAAAAGAGAGCGGGCGAAAGGUAUCCCAGCUCACCUUCUGUCAGGGCCUGUGGCUGGUGAUGGGUUACGGACCGUACAUCAAACUGGUCAUCGGCUUCCUCUUCACCUCUCUGGCCUUCAUGCUACUGGAGGGAAACUUUGCUCUUUUCAUCACCUAUGCUCUCGGCCAUAGAAAGGACUACCAGAAUAUUCUCCUGGUCAUCAUGCUAUCCGGGACUGUGACCAUCCCGUUUUGGCAGUGGUUUCUGACUCGGUUUGGGAAGAAGAAGGCAGUUUACUUUGGCAUCACGUGGGCAGUACCAUUCAUGAUCCUAAUCGUCUGCAUCAAGAGCAACCUGACCAUUUCUUACUUGGUCUCAUUGGCAGCCGGUGUGAGCGUGGCGGCAGCUUUCCUCCUGCCUUGGUCGAUGCUUCCCGAUGUAGUGGAUGACUUCAAGGUGAAAAACCCAGACAUCCAUGGUCACGAAGCCCUCUUCUACUCCUACUAUGUGUUCUUUAUCAAGUUUGCCUCUGGACUAUCCCUGGGUGUCUCUACACUCAGUUUGAAAUUUGCCGGCUAUGUGACUGGGAGCUGCUCACAACCCGAGGCGGUCAGUUUAACCCUGAAGGUGCUGGUCUCCCCUGUGCCUGUGGGUCUUAUAGCUGUGGGACUGUUGAUAUUGUGGACCUACCCUAUUGAUGAAGAAAGGAGGCAGGGCAACCGAAAACUACUGCAGGAAAUUCUGGACUCUGAGUCUGAAACUUCAGUGCUUGGGAGCAGCGUGUAGCGGCAGAGGACGAGCCAGCCACCACAGCUGCUUUAACGCGUUUGCACAGGCUGUCGAGGGACACGACCACCAACAGAGGAGCGACCACAGACCACUGCUGCACAAACACAAUCCGCAUUAAUCAGCUCCCUACAGUGGAUCACGCAAGUUUACGUCGCCCUCUAUUGGCCGGCCAGUAGCAUCGCGUGUGUGAAGUAUUUUCUGUUACCCUUUAUCUCCAACUGUCCCAAUUAAACUCCAUCUGUUAAAACUAGAAAGCAUACACAAUUUACUAAUCUACACAGUCCCGGGUUAUUUUGGCAGAACCAAAGUCCCGGGUUCACUUACUGAUAUACUUUUUUCCUUUUUUAGAGGUUUUCUUUCAUUGCCUAGCUGGAACACAGCACUGGGAUCUGUCCAUAUUUGAACCUAAAUGGGUAUCUAUUACUUUACUGGACAGUCAAAUCUGACCACCUUAUCAUUUAAAAGGAAGAUAAAACAUGUUUGUGUUAACAUUCAACAACUACAGAUCCUAGAAGUGUAUGGCUCAUGGGAGCUCAGUCAUGGACUUUUAUUCAACAAGGAACUCUAAAGUUAUUCAGUUGUAUGUAGUUGUAUGUCUACAGUGUUAUUGCAAUGUGGGACAACAGUUUUCAUCAACUCCAUUUGUACACUACAUCCUGAAGUACUAGGUUGGAAUUGGGACACCGCUUGUGAUUUGUGGUAUUGUUUAUGAAGUAUUUAUUUGCUGGUUGACGAGAUCUGACUUUUACUCAUUCAGACUGGAGUGUAAUGUUACCUUUUGAUGUUUACUAUGUCUUAAGUCACUUGUGUUUUACUUUCCAUUCAGACAGCGCUCUGAAGAAAAAACUGUAUGAACCCUUAUUUCGGGUAUACCAGCACUAUUUCACUAAUUGGCAUUGUACGGAGCUGUGCUACAAUUUCUGCAUUAUAUUUUCUGUGUUUCCUGUGGAUUAUUUCAGAAAGGCAAAAAGUGUACUUGA